GACAAAAAUACACAGUGUACCUUGCUAUGUUAGCCACCAAGGGGCUCCUUUACGCUAGCUUAAAUAAAUCAUUAUUUAGAGAGCUUAAGAGUGCGAGAAAUUAACGAAAACAAUUAAUGUGCAAAGCCUUCGGCGUCUUAAUAGUUUGGUUUCUGCGCGUCUUUGAAUUAAAACCAGGUGGGUGAGAAGAGAUCGCUUCUGCAGCUCCAGAAAAUGGUGCAGAAAUGAUAGCGGCACAGGAUUUGCACGCAGAGUUCCAGUUUCCCCAAGAAACAGAAUCUCAGUUGUCCUCAGAUGCAGACCUUGAGGAUCCUGAUGGAAGAAACACAAAGGGAGGAAGGGGCCUGGGAGCCAAAAGGGGGAGGAAGGUGCUGGGAGACAAGGCCAGAGGUGGGGCAGGAGGAAGGGUCAGCGGUGCUGGCUGGGUCAAUGGCCAUCGUCAGGAGAACGGGUUGGAGAACAUGAGCCUUUUUGAAGUGGUUAAAAUGGGGAGGAGUGCCACACAGUCUGUGGUGGAUGACUGGAUCGAGGCCUACAAACAGGACAGAGAUGUGGCGCUCUUAGAGUUGAUCAACUUCUUCAUCCAGUGUUCCGGCUGUAAAGGUGCUGUGAGUGAAGAAAUGUUCAGACAUAUGCAGAACUCAGAAAUCAUCAGGAAAAUGACAGAGGAGUUUGAUGAGGACAGCGGCGACUAUCCUUUAACACUCUCAGGACCCCAGUGGAAACGAUUCAGGAUAAACUUUUGUGACUUUAUUGCGGUGCUGGUUCGUCAGUGCCAGUACAGCAUCAUCUACGAUGAGUAUAUGAUGGAUACGGUCAUCUCUCUGCUCACUGGCCUGUCUGACUCCCAGGUCAGAGCGUUUAGACAUACAAGCACACUAGCAGCCAUGAAGCUGAUGACUGCCUUGGUCAAUGUCGCCUUGAACCUGAGCAUCAACAUGGACAACACUCAGAGACAGUAUGAGGCAGAAAGGAACAAAGUUAUUGCAAAAAGAGCCAAUGAUAGGCUGGAGCUGCUGCUACAGAAGAGGAAAGAGCUCCAGGAAAACCAAGAUGACAUUGAAAACAUGAUGAAUGCAAUUUUCAAAGGAGUCUUUGUCCACAGAUAUCGUGAUGCUAUUGCUGAAAUCCGGGCUAUUUGCAUUGAGGAGAUUGGAGUGUGGAUGAAGCUGUACAGUGAUGCCUUCCUCAAUGACAGCUACUUGAAGUACGUUGGCUGGACAAUGCAUGACAAGCAAGGUGAGGUCCGGCUGAAGUGCCUGACUGCCCUGCAGGGGUUGUACUACAACAGAGAACUAGGCUCCCGCCUGGAGCUCUUCACCAGUCGCUUCAAGGACCGGAUUGUGUCAAUGACUCUGGAUAAAGAAUAUGAUGUUGCAGUGCAAGCUGUUAAACUUCUGACACUCAUUUUACAGAGCAGCGAUGAGGUUCUGACAGCAGAGGACUGUGAGAGCGUCUAUCACCUGGUUUACUCUGCACACCGACCUAUCGCUGUUUCUGCAGGAGAAUUUCUGUUUAAAAAACUCUUCAGCCAUCGAGGUCCAGAAGAAGAGGGUCUACCGAGGAGAGGAAGGCAGAGCCUCAACGGCAGCUUGAUCAAGACUACGGUCUUCUUCUUCUUGGAGAGCGAGCUCCAUGAACACGGCGCCUAUCUGGUGGACAGCCUGUGGGAGUGUGCGUCAGAGCUGCUGAAGGACUGGGAAACCAUGAUCAGCCUGUUGCUGGAUGAACCCAUGCCAGGAGAGGAGGCCCUCACAGAUCGACAGGAGACGGCCUUGGUUGAGAUUAUGCUCUCUGCCAUCCGACAGGCAUGUGAAUGUCAUCCUCCGGUCGGCAGAGGCACGGGAAAGAGGGUCUUAACUGCAAAAGAGAAGAAAACUCAGCUGGACGAUCGGACACGGAUCACAGAAAUGUUUGCAGUUGCGUUACCUCUACUGUUAGCGAAGUACUGCGUCGACAUCGAUAAGGUGACCAAUUUACUUCAAAUACCAAAAUACUUUGAUCUUGACAUCUACACCACCGGCCGGUUAGAAAAGCAUAUGGAUGCCUUGCUGCGCCAAAUCUGGGAGGUUGUGGAUAAGCACACAGACACCGAAGUCUUGGAGGCCUGUUCUACAACCUACCACUACCUCUGCAACGAGGAGUUCACCAUCUUCAACCGCGUGGACAUUGCCUGCUCGCAACUCCUUGACGAGUUGGUGGACAAAUUCAACAGACUUCUGGAGGACUUCCUGCAGGAGGGGGAAGAACCAGAUGAGGAUGAUGCCUACCAAGUUCUAUCAACUCUUAAGAAGAUCACUGCUUUUCACAAUGCUCAUGAUCUCUCCAAGUGGGACCUGUUCACCAGCAACUACCGACUACUCAGCAUUGGUUUGCAGAAUGGGGACAUGCCAGAACAGAUUGUGAUUCAUGCAAUGCAGUGCACGCAUUACAUAGUCCUCUGGCAUCUCGCUAAGAUUUCGGACGGCAGUUCCAUAAAGGGGGAUUUGGUGACUUUGAGGAAAGAGAUGAGAGCUUUCUGCUUAAUAUGUCAGCGCUACCUGAACAGCAUCAGCACAGCAGUGAAGGAGCAGGCAUUCACUAUACUGUGUGAUAUGCUGCUGAUCUUCAGUCACCAAAUCAUGUCGUCAGGCCGGGAACACCUGGAGAAUCUGGUCUAUGCGCCAGAUUCUUCCCUGCAAGCAGAACUGCUCAACUUCAUCUUGGAUCAGGUUUUUAUUGACCAGGAUGAUGACAGCAACAGUGCAGAUGGACAACAGGAUGAUGAGGCCAGUAAAAUCGAGGCUCUUCACAAGAGGAGAAACCUUCUUGCUGCUUAUUGCAAAUUAAUCAUUUACAAUGUGGUUGAAAUGAACACUGGAGCAGAUAUAUUUAAGCAGUACAUGAGAUAUUACAAUGAUUAUGGUGACAUCAUCAAAGAAACGAUGAGUAAAACAAGACAAAUUGACAAAAUACAGUGUGCAAAGACGCUCAUAUUGAGCCUGCAAAAGUUAUUCAAUGAGAUGAUGUCAGAACUGGGUUUUAACUUUGACCGCUCGUCAUCAGCUUUCUGUGGUAUAAAGGAACUGGCUCGACGCUUCUCCCUCACCUUCGGUUUGGAUCAGUUAAAAACCAGGGAGGCAAUCGCCAUGUUACACAAAGACGGGAUAGAGUUUGCUUUUAAAGAACCGAGUCCACAAGGCGAAGGGGGUCCGCCACUUAAUCUGCCAUUUUUGGAUAUCUUAAGCGAGUUUUCCAGCAAACUCAUCCGACAGGACAAGAGGACAGUUCACAUGUACCUGGAGCGAUUUAUGACAUUUCAAAUGGCCCUUCAGAGAGACGACUGCUGGCUGCCCCUCAUCUCCUACCGGAACUCUCUGCAGGCCGGGAUGGACGAUGACACCAUGUCUGUCAUCAGUGGGAUCAGCAGUCGAGGGUCGACUGUUCGGAGUAAGAAGUCCAAACCAGCCGCUGCAAGCAAGAGAAAACUGCCUGAAGAGGAGAACAGCAGCAGCAGCUUUGAUGGAGCCUGGAUGAGUCGUGAGCAGAGCGUGCCGACGCCAGUUAUGAUGCAUUCACCGCACAUCACUUCCACCGUGUUGAGGGACCCUAAGAGGAUGCGGCCAGAGGAAAGCUACGCAGCCACCUUCUCCAUGCCUGCAGAACAACACCUUCAUCAAGCGCUUCCCCCACAACAACAGCUGCCUCAUCCCCAGCACCAGGCUGCCAUGGAUUACAACACGCAGGUCACCUGGAUGUUGACACAGAGGCAACAAGCUGAAGCCCGUCAGCACCAGGAGAGGGUUAGCAUGCAUUACGCCAAGAUGAGGAACCACAUGCAGCAAGCAAUUCGCCGAGGGUCUGGAUUAAUGGAGGAUGAUGAGGAACCAAUAGUGGAGGAUGUGAUGAUGUCAUCAGAGGAUCGCCUGGAAGACAUCAACGAGGGCAUGGAUUUCAAUACAAUGGAAAUUGAUUUGCCUGCCUCUAAGAAUCGGAGAGAAAGGAACGAACUAAAGCCAGAUUAUUUUGAUCCAUCUUCCAUCAUGGAUGAUUCGGUUCUUAAUGUUCCAAUGUUCUAACACGAAGUGGACGGAGGACAAUGCAUCAUCCAGAUCCUCUUCUUGGAAGAAGAAAUGACCGCUCUCUGUGAAAUCUUUGAAAGGAAAAGGUUAAAAUGAACUAUUACAAUGGUCUUUUGAAGACUCAUUUAUUUGCCUCUUUAACACUUAAAGACUUGGAGGUGGAGCCUUGAGUUGAAUUAGAAUUUAAUCCUGAGUUUUAACCCCUUUUGAUUGGUCCAACUGCAAGAGAACCAGGGUUCUGGUUCACUUUCUGAUUCCUGGAGGAAAUGCAGAAUAAUCAGUCUGGGUGUGAAAGCUAAAUUCAGACUAUGGCCAUUUCUCAAUUCACUACAAUGCGAAUAAGUACUUGUAUUAUCGCCAAGUAUAUUUUUGACAAGAACACA